AUGCACAUCCUCUCCACCCUAGGCUCCUUAGCCACCUUCGCUCUAUCCACCCCAGCUCAACCCCUCGCCAUCCGGCAAGAUGAUCCCUCCUCCGCCUGCACCGAGCAAUGCGUCCAGUACGGUGAUUACGUGCGCGGGACCAGCGACAGCUGUUCCGGCGGCUCCUCUGACCGCGGAGGCGGGGGGUAUGGCACUCAGCCCACGCCGAAUCCCUCGGAUCCGGGCAAUCCGGGCCCGACGUCCAAUAGCCCGGAUAAUGGGACCGAUGGGAGAGACGGUGGGGACGGUGGUGGUGGCGACUAG